AUUCGGAGUCAUGCAAAACUACUAAUGAUUAAUAUUUGAGUCGGAGCGAUCAAUAUGUACCCGGGAAUAAUCACAGCACUACACGUAUCCCAUUUGCCUGGCCAACGGAGAUCAGUGAAGCAAGCUCAGUCUUAGCGUCCCCACAACAAAGCUCAACGAAGGCGUACCGUACCAACCUAAGAAGCCGCACCCAGAAUGCCUCACGAUGACCAAUCUCCGCCCCCAGGCGAAGUCUCCGACUCCGCCGAUAUUGAAGAAGAAGAAGAAGAAGAAGAAGAAGAAGAAGACCCAGAAAUUGAAGAAGAAGAAGAUGACGACGACGAAGAAGAAGACCCCGAAAUAGUAGAAGAAGAAGAAGAGGAGGAGGAGGAGGAGGAGGAGGAGGAGGAGGAGGAAGAAGAAGAAGAGGUGGAGGGAGAACAGGAAGAGAUAAUGGAAGAAGAAAGGAUUGAAGUGGAUAUGGAUAUUUCUGAUUCACCGGUUCAAGCUCGUGAUCAUCAUAACGAUGUUAGACAAGAUUAUAAGCCCGAGGGACUUCAUGGUUUACACUCAAAUGAAUCACAUGAUGAUGGAAAAGCAUAUUUGCGUCAUAGUGAGGUUAUGGAUGCUAAAGCCUCCAACUCAUCUGGUGUUGCUGGGGAAGAGAUGGCUAAUGCCAUCCUGAUGAGGGAUCACUUAGGUAAGGAGGUUAAGAGUGUCAUGAAUCCAGAGGAUGAGAUGAAACAAGGGGACAUACAUCCGAGGAAUGAUAGAAAGCAAAUGGAUUCAAGAUCAGCUGCUUCUGAGAAAGUGACCAGAAUUAUGUCUCCUGUUGCUGAGACUAGUGAUCGAAACAAACGCCCAGCUAUUAUCUGUGACUUCUUUGCUAAAGGUUGGUGCAUUAGAGGUACUUCAUGUAAGUUUGUCCAUAUAAAAGACAGUCCGAAUAGUACUCAUCCACAAGGAGAUGUUGCUGCUGCAAAUUGUACUAGAGAAGUCCAGCCUGAUGAAGGUCUAAGAGACGUAACUGAGAGAUCAAGGUCACCUGGUUUUCCUGAUCCUCUGGCUUCUUCACAUCUCCCUUCUGAAAAGAUCCGAUUUUCGGAACACAAAGGAAUUCAGAGACGGCAUCAGUCUCUUGAAAACCAUAAGUUUCCAGCAGUUCCAGGAGGGGAAUCAAAUAUGGGUGAGUCCACUGAUGCACAGAAAUUGCAUUCAUCCAAAGAUGAUCAAGUCUUUCUCUCCUUGUUUAAGGAUGCAGGAAGAGAUGGUCAUGCACGUAACUGGCCCAUUGAUGUUUAUAACAACUCACCAAUUCAUAAAGAUAAUUCUAGAUUUAUGAGUGGUUUGCAUCCUGAGCCUGGAUUUUUUUCUAAUGGAUCUACUGCGUCAUCAGGCAAGUACUCUAGAGGGAAUCCGACUUCUCAGUCAAGUUGUAUGGAGGAACCAGCUGGAAUUUGGAGCCAGCGCAUGCACAGUGAUCAUAACUCCCCACUUGUGAGCCUUUCCUUGAAUUCAAACUCAAGUAAUCUUUUAACUAAUGGCUCGUUUCCAGCUAGCCGUGUUUCAUCUUGGACCGGAUUUUCAUUGCCUUCUAGCUAUUCCUGUUUAGAUGCAAGUCCUCAUGGUACUCAAAAGCUUUUAGACCGAAAUAGAGAUUACCGUUAUUCUACUAGAUCAUCUCCCUUACUGAAAAGCUCUUCUCCCUUCUCUAGUUCUGAAUUGAAGAAGUUGCCUUCUACCAGUGUGUCAUUGCGCUCUGAUAAACUUCAAACAAAAAUUUCUUCAAAUGAUUGGGAGCCAUCUGUACCCUUCCAGCCAUCUUUUAUUCUUCCUCCUGCAUUUCUAUCAUCUUCAGGGAGCCAGUAUGACCCUCUUCGUGACAGCAUUGAGUUACCUAAGUUAGCAAACAUCUCCUUUGAGGCUUCUUUCUAUUCUGAAGAGGCUGCCAUUGGGAACAAGUUGCAUCAUCAAAUACAUGGUGAAUCUGUUAGUGGGACUAUGCGUCCAGUUUGUGAUGGUGAUACAAACUCUAUGUCUUCACAUAAUACAUGUCAUGAAAAGGUAUUAGAUAAUAGCUGCUAUACACGCGAACAUAAUUCGCCUGUAACUGAAGCAGAGACAGUGGGGGCUUCUGUUGUCUGCCAAAAUGGAACCAUGACUAUAGAAGAAAAUCUCUCGCGGCCCUCUCAUCCCAAAGGUAGUACAAAACCACAUAAAACCAGUUCAUAUGGUGAUUCUAGACCUCAGAGUGACAGUUCUAGACACAAAAAAGACAUAACAGUAGAUAGAUUUAGAGAAAACAAUGAAGUGGAUGGUGAACAUGUGACAGAUGGGGAUGUACAGCAAGAAUCAAAAGCUCUGAGGCAUUUCCGUGCGGCUCUUGUAGAGUUAGUAAAAGAAUUGUUAAAACCAAAAUGGCGUGAAGGUUGUCUCAGCAAAGAUGCACAUAACAAGAUAGUUAAGAAAGCAGUAGAGAAGGUUCUCAGUGCUUUUCAGCCCCAACAAAUCCCACCUACCGUAGAAACAGUUGUGCAAUACCUGUCUUCAUGCCGUCCAAAAAUCUCAAAGCUUGUUGAGGGAUAUGUUGAGAAAUAUGGCAAAUCUUGAGAUGUUAGGCCCAGAUAUUGUUCUUUUGCAGAAUUUCCUACACAGUUUACUAAUUGGAGGUCAUGGACAGUUUGUUCGAUAACCCUUUUCUUUUACAUAAUUAGAACAGAGUUUUUGUAGAGUUGUUAAUUUUCUUAUAAGAUGUAUUGCUUCAAAAAUUAUUUCUGUUACUCUCAGUUCAUCUAUUUGGAGAUAAUAGGUGUCAUGACUAGAAUUUGUCUUAGUCUGUAUAUAGAAAAAAGAAAAAAAAAAAAAAAAGGUCAUAAUUCGUUUCAUUUUUAUGCAAGGAAAAUUGCCUUAUGGCUUGAAUUAACCCA